AUGUCUUCCACUAGCACCACCACAAAGUCCCAUAAUGGCGACAAUAGGUCAAAGGACCCAGCACUUGUCCCAGUGACUUAUUAUCCCCUGCGCACACAGCAACAACAUGCCCAAAUGAAACAGCGCAUGGCCGGCAAACCCUAUGCGCACUUUUUCCACGAUUCGCCGCUCUACAUCCGGCGUGAAGCGCUGGAUGCCAUCCCUCGGCCCAUCAGCAACCCAGAGAAGAACGUCCUACCUCUAUCACAGAUUCGCAAGCUGCUAGAGCCGGGAGACCAUUCCGUCGAGAAUGGUUGGUAUGUCUACCCUGACGGGACAGGCUACGUGACCUCCAAGACGCAGUUCCCAGGGUGCACGGGCGAAAUGAUCGACUGGUGGUUCUGGUGGCACAGCGUCGAAGGGGAAAGAUACGCACUAUGGUAUCCGUACAACCACUGCGACGCCAAUUCCACGUAUUCGAGGUGGACCACGAGUCAAUUCACGCCUACAGCCAAAAGAGACUCGAGUACAGGCAAGACUUUACCUAUCCUUGAGAGGGAGGAUGUAUCUCACCGACACAAGUGGCUCGGCUCGACGCACACUGUGAGUGAGUUCAUUGGCCCGCUGCACAUGAAGCUCCGGAUAGAGUUCAAGGAGCCGAGUUACUUUGGUCUGGGAACGUGGGAGGAGCUGCAGAAGGCGGGAUACGAGGCGGCCGUCUGUGGGCUCCUGUGGGACAAGUCACUCCCGUUGAAGGUUGGUGACAUGAUCCACCUGUGGAGGAAGACCGAAGACGGGCUGGAACUCAGGAGCCGAUAUUACCUUGCUCAUCAGGUGUACGUGGACAUCUUCGGGCUCAAGGUCUUCGUCGAUUGGAUCGGUGGCCUUCUGGGCAUCAAGCAGGCUGCAGCGGGUGAGAAGGUUGCCUAUGAGCAACUUUUACAUGACCAGACCGAGUUCACGAAUCUGGCGAGCUUUCUCCCUGAGAUAUUUCGGGAGUUUGGAGAGCAGAAAAAGCAGGGCAUACCCACGGUAGCAUCAAAAUCACCGAGGGCUCGGAUAUGA